CUGAAGAAGAUAAAGAUAUAAAGGCGAGAACAAAAAAAAUUCAAAAUCAGUUGCUGUUCAUUUUCAUGUUGGACAUUGGUGAAUGGUAUUAUCUGAACACAAGAUGGGUGUUGAUUUAGAAAACCGUGACCCGAAUGAUCUUAAUAACCAUAUCAGGGUUCAGUUUGAAGAUGUCCUUGGGGAGCCCGACGGUGUACGUUCCAUGGAAUGCGUUUGGGAGAACAGCUAUUCCUGUUUCGAAUGUGGCAAGAACCUUUGUUACAAGAUCUUGACCUUCCUUUGUGGGUUGUGUAUGGCUCUGGAAUGGGGUUGCUGUUUUGCCGGUAUCACAUUUCAAAACGUAUGGUUUUAUACCCCAUGCCUCAGAUGUUUCUCUAUAUGUAUGGGAUGUUUUCAAAGAUUCUUCGGAUCCUGUCUCAGUUGUUGUGUAGUACCUGUCUGUGAAUCUUGUGGAGCACUCUUCAGCAAAAUAAGGAUUGCAAAAAGUUAACUGGUAUCAACAAUAUAAUAGAAGAACAGCAAGUGGAUUAAAGGAAAGUGUGAUGUGAUAAAACAAAGUUUGAGCAUACUUUCUCAUCAAUAUCACAACUGAUAGAUAAGGGGAUAUAUUUAAACUUACGAUUGCUUUAAUUCUAUUACAGUGAAUGUUCCUUCUUUCCUUUUUUGAUUAAUUGUGUUAUUAUUAACAAAUUUGGAUCAAAGUAUUUGACACAAUUAAAUUUGAAUAUUUCUUUUCGGAUGAAAAAUAAAAAUUAAAUUAAAUGAAUAAUUUGUUUGUUCAGGUAAAAAUUAUGUGACCUUUGUUUUAUUCAAUAAUUCUAUUUAUU